CUAGGAAGGGAUUUGGGUCAGGUUAUGCUCAAGUCCAUGGGCAUCUUUAGUAAAAUUCCCUUCUCCCCCUUCUGUUGGCACUCUCCGAAUUUCAUUUGCUGUCCCCUGGGAUUGCCUGGCUUCUACUUCUCCGUUAUGACAGAUGAGGAGAUCAAGCACUUCAUGGAGGAAAAGGAUGACACAGAACUGAGCAAAUUCGUGAAGGAUUUCCCAGGGAUCGAGAGCUGCCACCCACUGGAGGCCAAGACCCGGGUGUCCAGGCCCCAAAUCCCGGAGCCAAGACCCCAGGCCCCAGACCUCUGCGAUGAUGACCUGGAGUUCAGACCCCCCUCGUGGUCCCAGCCUUCUGAGAGCCACCAGUACUUCUCUGCCCCAGCUCCCCUUAGCCCCUCAUCCCGGCCUCGAAGCCCAUGGGGCAAGCUUGAUCCCUAUGACUCCUCUGAGGAUGACAAGGAAUAUGUGGGCUUUGCGACCCUCCCCAACCAAGUCCACCGAAAGUCUGUGAAGAAAGGCUUUGAUUUUACCCUCAUGGUGGCAGGAGAAUCUGGCCUGGGUAAAUCUACCCUUGUCAAUAGCCUCUUCCUCACUGAUCUGUACCGGGACCGGAAACUCCUCAGCGCUGAAGAGAGGAUCAUGCAAACUGUGGAGAUCACCAAGCAUGCGGUGGACAUAGAAGAGAAGGGAGUGAGGCUGCGGCUCACCAUUGUGGACACACCAGGUUUUGGGGAUGCAGUCAACAACACAGAGUGCUGGAGGCCUGUGGCAGAAUAUAUCGACCAGCAGUUUGAACAGUAUUUCCGAGAUGAGAGUGGCCUGAACCGCAAGAACAUCCAAGACAACAGAGUGCACUGCUGCCUGUACUUCAUCUCACCCUUCGGCCACGGGCUCCGGCCACUGGAUGUUGAAUUCAUGAAGGCCCUGCAUCAGCGGGUCAACAUCGUGCCAAUCUUGGCUAAGGCGGACACACUGACACCUCCUGAAGUGGAGUGCAAGAAACGCAAAAUCCGGGAGCAGAUUGAGUACUUUGGAAUCAAGAUCUACCAGUUCCCAGACUGUGAUUCUGAUGAGGAUGAAGACUUCAAAUUACAAGACCAAGCCCUAAAGGAAAGCAUCCCAUUUGCUGUGAUUGGCAGUAAUACUGUGGUAGAAGCCAGAGGGAGGCGAGUUCGGGGCCGGCUCUACCCCUGGGGCAUCGUGGAAGUGGAAAACCCAGGGCACUGCGACUUUGUGAAGCUGAGGACAAUGCUGGUGCGUACCCACAUGCAGGACCUGAAGGAUGUGACACGGGAGACACACUACGAGAACUAUCGGGCACAGUGCAUCCAGAGCAUGACCCGCAUGAUGAAGGAACGGAAUUGCAACAAACUGACUCGAGAGAGUGGUACUGACUUGCCUAUUCCUGCUGGCCCACAAGGCACAGAUCCAGAAACUGAGAAGCUGAUAAGAGAGAAAGAUGAGGAGCUGCGGCGGAUGCAGGAGAUGCUGCAUAAAAUCCAAAGACAGAUGAAGGAGACCCAUUAGCUGGCUUUCAGCCCUGGCUGUUUCAAUGUCCUCCUCCUCCUGCCCAUGCCGGACCCUUCCAGCCCCAGCUCUGCUCAGGCCCCUUCAGCCACUGCCACCUCGCCUUACAUCCCUGCUGCCUCCCCACAGCUCAGAAGAAAUAAAGUUUAACAAAUCUAUAGGUUGCUUCUGG